AGUCCCGUGCCCCCGGGAAGUUGGUGCGGACAAUGUUCAUCUUGUGUGUGUUGGUGACUGGGGUCUCUGCUCUCACCACUUCAUCAGUGGUGCACACAGAAGGGGUUUCUGGAUCUCCCAUUUCAUCAGAGAAGCACACAGUGCCUGGAGACAACUGCCGAUUUCGUGGCAGGGAUUUCAAAGCUGAAUUCAGGCUGGAAGGCGAGCCCGUGGCUCUGAGGUGCCCCCUGAUAUGGCCUCAUUCGGAUGCCUCUGCCAGCUCCCACACCCUUCUGACCUGGCGUAAAAUGAACUCCUCUCAGCUGGUCCCAGGAGAUGAGGCAAGGUUGUGGGUUGAGGAUGCCACCCUCUGGGUUGUGCCAGCAGUGCAGCAGGAUUCUGGUACCUACAUUUGCACAUUCAGAAACACAUCUCACUGUGAGGAAAUGUCCGUGGAACUCAAGGUGUUUAAGGACACUGAUGUGUCUCUGCCACUUGUCUCCUACUUGCAAAUCUCAACUGUCUCAGCCACCGGGUUACUAGUGUGCCCUGACCUGAAAGAAUUCAUCCCCAGCAAAACUGGUGGAAGAGUACAGUGGUAUAAGGGCUCUGUCCUCUUGGAUAAAGGCAAUAAGAAAUUUCUAAGAGCAGGGGACCCCACACGCUUGCUGAUAGCCAACACAUCCAUGGAAGACGCGGGCUAUUACAGAUGUGUUGCGACAUUUCUCCACAAGGGCAAGGAAUACAACGUCACUAGGAGUAUUGAACUCCGGGUCAAAGAAACAACCACGGAGUCCAUCCCUGUGAUUAUUUCUCCCCUAGAGACAAUACCAGCAUCUCUGGGGUCAAGACUGGUAGUCCCGUGCAAGGUGUUUCUGGGAACUGAUACAUCUGACACCACCCUUGUAUGGUGGAUGGCUAACAGCACUUUUAUCUCAGUGGCCUACCCAAGAGGCCGUGUGACCGAGGGGCUAUACCACGAAUAUUCGGAGAAUGAUGAGAACUAUGUGGAAGUGGCUCUGAUUUUCGACCCAGUCACAAGGGAGGAUCUGACAACAGAUUUUAAAUGUGUUGCCAGGAAUCCAUGGAGUGUUCAGUCACUCCAUACCACAGUCAAAGAAGUCUCCUCCACAUUCUCCUGGGGCAUUGCGCUGGCACCCCUAUCGCUGGUCUUCCUGGCUGUGGGGGGAAUAUGGAUGCACAGACGGUGUAAACAGAGGGCUGGAAAGACAUAUGGACUGACCAAGCUACGGACUGACAACAAGGACUUCUCUUCCAGCCUAAACCAAAUAAAGGAAAUGAAAUAA